CCGGUGCCUGAUUUUUGAUGCGUUCGCUGCGGACGGGACUCUUCUGUCUUUCCUUUAGCGGCACGACACGGCACGGCGUGACUACACCACCGCUUCACAGCCAUCCCCACCGUCCACGGCGCCGCCUUUACUGAGUUCGCUCGAAAGCGCCUUUCACGCUGUUAUGUGGCCGCGCGUCACAUAGGACGUUACGCAACGGAGCGAGCUUGAACCUAGCAUCACCGCUGCUUCAGAGGAAGAGAAAAAAAAAAGAAAAAAAGCCUCACUCCAGCCUCCAUUGCACCGCUAGCUCGACGAGAGCAUCGACGUCCUUCCUGCGUGACGCUCACAGGUGUUUUUCCUUUCCCUGCGUGGGGGGCGGCGUGAAUAUUUAAAAAAAAAAAAAAAAAAAAGCACCCGACAGGCCGCAGACAGCACAACGAUGACGGAGGCGGAGGAGAAAAAGAAGCAGCAGCAGGAACAGGAACAUGAACGCACCUCCAGCAAUGGUCCCCCGGAGGCCUGCCGGGAAGAUGUUUUUGACCACACGUACAAGGAGCAGGAAGGCCCCAAACCUCCCCUGGUCAUCGUGUGGCGGAACGUCAUCACGAUGACUGUGUUGCACGCAGGUGCCGCCUACGGAGUUCUCCUCAUCCCCGCAGCCUUCACAGCCACCCUGCUUUGGUCCAUCCUUUGCUUUUUGGUAAGUGCAUUAGGAGUGACGGCAGGAGCUCACCGCCUGUGGAGUCACAGGUCCUACAAGGCUUCUUUACCUUUGAAGAUCUUUCUGGGCGUGGCGAACUCCAUGGCCUUUCAGAAUGACAUCUACGAGUGGGCCCGCGACCACAGGGUCCACCACAAGUACUCCGAGACGGACGCCGACCCUCACAACGCGGUGCGGGGCUUCUUCUUCGCCCACAUCGGUUGGCUGAUGGUGCGCAAACACCCCGAGGUCAUCGAAAAAGGAGGCAAGCUGGAACUGAACGACCUGUUGUCCGACAAAGUAGUCAUGUUUCAGAGGAAGCACUACAAGAAGUCCGUGCUGCUCAUGUGCUUCUUCGUCCCCAUGUUCGUGCCUUGGUACUUUUGGGGGGAGACCCUGUGGGUGGCCUACUUCGUGCCGGCGCUGCUGCGCUACACGCUGGUGCUCAACGCCACCUGGCUGGUCAACAGCGCCGCGCACAUGUGGGGCAACAGGCCCUACGACAAGACCAUCAACCCCCGGGAGAACAAGUUUGUUACGUUCAGCGCCAUAGGCGAAGGCUUUCACAACUACCACCACACCUUUCCCUACGACUACGCCACCAGCGAGUUCGGCUGCAAGCUGAACAUCACCACCUGCUUCAUCGAUCUGAUGUGCUUCCUGGGUCUGGCCAAGGACCGCAAGAGAGUGUCCCACGAGGUGGUGCAGGCCCGGAUACAGCGCACGGGCGAAGGCAGCUACCGCAGUGGCUAACCGAGGUCGCCCCAAAGCCCCCCUACCCCCGCGUCAGCCAUUUGUGGGCGCAUUCGGAAAACCUCCACGAGUUCUUUUUUUUUUGACGGCCAUUCCAUCUGGAAGACUCCACGAGGCCCUCGGCCACAAUUUUCUGCUUGUUUUUUUUUUGUUUGUUUUUUUUUGUGGAUUUUAUAGCUUGUAAACUAAUUUGUGAAGGCAAAAAGAAAAAAAAAACAACCGGGCCCGUUAUUAAGCUCUAAGCCUUUCUAAAAGUCAGGCUUGGGUCUUGCCAAAGUGUUUUGGGUUGAGAGUGAAUUCAUUAAAAAAAAAAAGAAGCUAAAAGUCAUUCUCUGCGAAAGUCAGCCAUGUUGUUUCGUAUUCUUCGCCGAUUACUUAUCCCGAACGACAUAACUCCUAAUUUGGGGAAGAACUGCUUUCACUUUGUCUCUUGAUUGGAAUUUAACCAACAAAACCCCAAAAAAGGAAACGUUUGUGUUCAUUCCGUUAAUCUCGUGCCAAUUUGUUUUCCUUUUUUUUUUUUGGGUCAUCUUUUCAUUUUUUACACGGCCGAUAGUUACCGCUUUGUGGACGUUUUUUUUUUGGGAAUAUUAUCGUGGCAUAAGUGGCUUCGCUUCCUCUCGAGAAUUUUUAUGCAACAUCUUGUAGCAGCCGGGGUCACGUGACCGAGCCAUCCAUGCAUGAUGAUAGACGAUGUACGUGUUGUGGGUGAGCGGAGGCGGCGGUAGCGAGGUAACCAUCAGUACGAGCGUCGGGUGUGCGCAAACGCUUCUACGGUCUUAUUUAUAUGUAUUUAUUAUCGUUACUCUUAGCGGCUAAACGAGUGAGCCUCGCUGUGAUCGGAACCGGCUAGCCUUGGAAAAAGAAAAAAAAAAAAAAAAAGUUUUCGUAAUUUCUAUCUCAAAUUUUUGUCCCCUCUCAACAAGAGUCAGGAAUCUACCGAAUGCCUUAUGACUUGCAGCCAUUCCCGCACCCGACUAUACGAAAUAUCUUAAAAAGAAAAACAAUCGUGUUUACAAGGCGAGGCAUCGACAUUGUUUGUAUUUAUUUCAAUUGAAGUGGUCAAACCACAAAAAGAGGUUGGUCACAGCCUCCUGAGACCAAUCGUCCACUUCUGAGGACGCUGGUUCUCAGGUUAUAUGACUGAUGAUUAAAUACUGCCCGACCAACUCUCGGUGCCAACUUGUUAGCCGUGUAAGCAGCCCCCCCCCGCCCCGAAAUGUAUUGUUCGAAUAGCAACAAAAGAUCUGAAAAGGUUGUAAAUGGUUGAAUUGUUUUGUCAACUGCUCAGUUCACAAAAUAAAAGUUCACAAUAUUUUCAAAAA